AAGAGCGACUUGGCGCAGCGGGACGACGCUGCGGAACUGACUGAAAUGGAACAGCCACAAUUUCCUAUGACACCUCCCGAUCAAUGCCGCUUUUACAAUUUUUCUUUGCUGGGAAUUUUAUUUGUGUGGUGACGCUUUGCGGAAAUUUGUGGGUUCUGAACUGGGUAGUCUUUCGAGUGCUGCUCGAGGGUUGGGGAAUAUUUGCCAACUUCAAUAGCAUGAGCUUCGCUUUGUAGAGGAGAAUUUGCUGACCAUUGAGGCCAUGGUACCUGGAAUUGGGUGUAAGUGUGGUCUGGGUAUAUGAUAGAUUUGCGCAUCGUCUUCUCGAGGGUUGUACGAAUGCAGUCGGAGUGUUGAUGUUGCGCUAUUCGCCUCAUGAGGUUGGAAUUGUAGGCAGUUCAUGCGUUCGGCUGGACACGGUGGAAAUUUUGGGCGUGGAGAUUGCUGUUCGUGAACUCGGGCCUGCGCUGCACUGAUACAAUGGAAUCAGCGACUCAUAUGGUGGUGUCGACUCCCAGAUUAAUCCAAACAACAACACUCUCCUCCCAACCAAUCAACUCAGUGUCAGGAUUUGCAGCUGUUGCUCAGAGAAAAUGCAGCCUUCACUUCCAUGCGAGAUCAAGUAGUCCAUUCCCAAGGUCAGUCUCAUAUGGAACCAGACUGAUGUGCAAAGCUAGCACUGCAGUCCACUUCACAGACAAAUUCGAUUCAACACAGCAAGAGCAAUGGCAGUCGUCUCGCAAGCUUGUUGAAGAGAUAGGGCUCAGCCCUGAGGAAGCCGAUGACAUUCUUGCCAAAUCCUUCGGAUGGUCCUACUCGGAUUACUGGGGCGAGGAGAAGCAGGCAACCGUCCCUAACCCUGACACUGUGUCCUCCACCUUAUCCUUGUUGCAAUCUCUUGGCAUAGAUUUGUCUGCCUUGGCAAAGAAAUUCCCGGAGGUGAUGGGACUCACCAAGGAAGAGAUUCAGUAUAGCUUGGGCACUCUGGAUUCCACUUGGGGGAUAGCAGGGAAGAACUUGAAGAAUGUGUUGAUGCGCAAUCCACAAGUGCUGGGAUACAAUAUCGACUGUGGCGGUGAUUGUGCAGGAGAAUGCACUCGCUGUUGGGUUAGAUUUUAGAUGAAGCACACUAAUUUGUGUUAAUCCUGUGAUACUUAUUUCUCAUCUGGGAACGAAGAGAGCCGAAAUUGAAGACUCUUGUCUGGAGGUUGACUGCAACUCGGUGAAGCCUGAUCACGUGCACAUCUCAAGCUAACGUUUCUGCAAUAAGGAAUUGCAAUUUAUUAUUACUAUUAUUAUUAUUAUUUUGGAUCUUUUCACUUGCAGAUGGGAUUAUGGCAUCAAGUUUGUACACAAUCAGGGCGGUAAAUUCAACCCCGUCAAGAGGUGAAGUGUAUACAUUGAACGUUGUUCAGUCUUGAGCAAAUUGGUUAUUUUUUUUGUUUUUUCAUGAAGGAAUAGUGAAUGAUAGAUUUUGAGAUGGGUAAGGUUUGUGCUUCAAUUAUGUGUCUUGAUGUGACUUAAAAGACACUUAAAUUUAAAAAUCAUAGGUUAUUUUAAGUGUAUUUGAUGUGUGUUUUCAAAACCUACGUUUUUUUUUACUAAAAAUACUUACCAACUGCGCAACUGAAUAGAGUGAGGAUAUAGAUUGUUCAUACUGGUGGAUCAUAUUGCUUAUUUAAUUGAUAGCUUGUAAUUGUCAUGUGAGCCAAUAGAUUGUGUUGAAUCGUAUCAUUGUACAUUUGUGUGUACAAUAAAUUUGAAUUAGGUCUCAAUGGGUGGAGAAUUUGACAGUGUACUUGUUAUUGGAAAAUUUAUGUAAUUAGGUCAAGUACUUGCACAACA